CGUAUCUCCGUCGGUCUGAGUCCUCAGCGCUGGCAAGGGAUAAUAAACUGCCUUUCCGCAGCAAUACGUGGUCAACGGAACAGCCCACAACAGAGUGAUUCAUUUGGAAAGCCACCUGCAUGCUGAUCUGUGUGCGCAGGGGUUUGGUGAGAUGUGUUGCAUCCUUCAGCUGAAGAUAACGCGGCUUUAUGAGAUCUUCCCUGGCACUAUCAGAGUUUCAGAAGAUAUUGGUUUUAAAAUGCAUCCCAAACCAGAUUCAGGGCAUUUAUAAAACCCAUACGAGGACCGUACAAACAAAAACAGUGGACUUUCACAGAAGAUUUGGGUGUUUUGAAGGCAGGGUCUUCCCUGGUUGGUUGUGAAGAUCUAAGUAAACAAAGCUUGUUACUGUGGCAUAACUGACUUUUGGAUCUGAAAAUUGGCAGCAGAGUCCUAUUGAAACAAGAAGCCUCCAGAAUCAUCCAAAAUAUCCUAUAAAGAUGGAGUUCAAAUUAAACCUUGAAUGCUGAUUUAUUAGAGUGAAAAGAUCCAAAGACUGACAGAUUGAAAGCAUUGCUCAGCGAUUCACAAGGAGAGCAGUCAAGAAGUCAAAGAUCAUGAGUUACAGCUGUGGCAAGCGACGCUAUAAACCUAUAACACGGACCACGUAAAAUGGGGACUAUGUUUGGCAUUAUGGUCCCUGAACAGCUGUGACUGCCCUCAAGACACUUUUUUUCCCCAGAACCUGUGUCUUUGUAAUCCUAUUGGCCGUCCAUCUCCUGUGAUAAUUUUUCUUAUUUUGAGCCCUAACCUCUUUCAUUUCCCACCUUGAUCAAAACAAAUCCAGUUUUUGCUCAAAAAUGGCCUGCAGGUUCAGCUUAUCUUGUGCUUUUCCACCCUGCUUUCUCAUCCUCUCUCUCCCUAUUUUUCUUCUCCUCCAUGCACCUUCUUUUGUGAGGGGUGACUGCUGGCUAAUUGAGGGGGAUAAAGGCUAUGUGUGGCUGGCAAUCUGCAGUCAGAACCAGCCUCCAUAUGAGACAAUCCCACAGCAUAUUAACAACACCGUCCAUGACUUACGGCUGAAUGAGAACAAGCUCAAAGCAAUUUUCUUCAGCUCCCUCAGCCGAUUCACCAACCUUACUGACCUCAACCUUACCAAGAAUGAAAUCUCCUACAUUGAGGAUGGUGCCUUCGCAGGACAGGCCAAUCUACAGGUCUUGCAGUUGGGAUAUAACAAGCUAACCAACCUCACAGAGGGGAUGCUGCGAGGUUUGGGUCGAAUGCAGUGCCUGUAUCUGCAGCAUAACCUUAUUGAGGUAAUUGCAACCAAUGCCUUCUGGGAGUGCCCAAGCCUUAGCAGUCUUGAUCUUUCCUCUAAUAAAUUAACCAGGCUGGAUUCAUCCACCUUCACUGUUUUGGGUGGACGGCUAAUAGUGUGUGAACUGGCUGGAAAUCCUUUCCAUUGUGGCUGUGAGUUGUAUGGCUUCCUUAUCUGGCUAGAGGCAUUUGACAACGUCACUCACACCUAUGACAGGCUCCAGUGUGAGACCCCAAAAGAACUUUUUGGCUACCCUCUCCUGAGUCCUAAAGGUAAUCAUGGAAGAAAUGCUCGUUCUAUCCUGUCAUCCAUGUGUAAAAAUGGAGUGAUUGUUGGUGGCAUAACAGCCAUGCCUCCUGACUUAGACUCUUCUGGGAUGGGGAUGGAUAUUUAUGAUCAGAUGGGACCUUAUCACCAGCCCACAGCUUCAUCAACCACGGACCCAACAUACAGCCCCACCAUUAAGUUACAAAUGGUCUCUCUCUCAUCUGCAUCCCUCUUGGUUCAAAUACCCAAGCCCUACAGUAAGAUGUAUAUUUUAGUGCAGUAUAACCACACUUAUGUGUCAGACGUCAUGAACUUAAAGAACAAGAAAGAGACUGUCAGACUAAACAACCUAAAGCCCCACACAAAUUACACCUUUUGUGUUGCCUCAAUUCGCAAUUCCCAGCGUUACAAUCACACUUGUCUGUAUUUUGCAACUCGGGCUCCAGGGCUUGAUGACUUGCGAGCAACCCCUUCUUCUACCACCCAUUACAUUAUGACCAUUCUAGGCUGCCUGUUUGGGAUGGUCAUUGUGUUGGGCUUGGUGUACUACUGCUUACGUAGGCGUCGAAUGCAGGAAGAAAAUAAAAAGUCUAUUACUGUUAAGAAAACUAUCUUAGAGAUGCGUUAUGGGCCAGAAGCAGCUGCUGCAGCAGCCAAGGAUCCUUCGGCCUUGCAGAAACGCCAUGACCAGUCCCAUCAUCAACACCACCACGGAAAGUUGUCCCAGUCAGCAUCCUCCAGCUUGGGCGUCCUUCAUAGUUCAGCCAACACCACCUCUUCUCGACUUUCUUCCCUUCCACAAGUGGAGAAGAUGGCUACAGCAUUCUCAGAAGUCAUGGCCGUCAAUAAGGGCAACUACAUGGAUGUAAGAAUGUCAGCAGGAGGAGAGGAGCGAGUAAGAGAUGGAGUUGUAACAGGGUCAGGGGAUGAUAUCACAAGGGAUGAACAUGGGAUUAAUGGAGGAGAUGACUCUGAUGAUGAUGGCCGAGAUUCAACAUCGGAGAUCUCCACCAUUGCCAAGGAGGUGGACAAGGUAAAUCAGAUUAUCAAUAACUGCAUUGAUGCGCUCAAACUAGACUCUGUAGCUGUUGUGGCAGCAGCUGUGGCCACUGCAACUACAGUGGAUAACACUGCCUCUCCACCACCUCCUAGUGUCCCUUCAUUAGCCAGGGGGCUAAUUCCACUUUCCCCUACCAUCACAGAGACAUGCCAGAUCAUGUCGUCCCCUAAAAUCCGUCCUCUACCCCCUGUUCCUCUUGUUUUGCCCCUUUCUGAGCGGCCUGGCAUCAGCGGAGGUGGGUUUCUCUCCCCUCCCUACAGGGACCCACCCCCAGCUACAGCAUCACGGCCAUUGCAGAGGCAACUCAGUGCAGAUGCUGCAGUUGUUCCUAUAAACUCUGUUAAAAAUCGCUGCAGCGUUUCUUCCGGUGGCUCUGUCAAAAGUGCUCGGGUCUUCAGUCUGGACGUCCCCGACCCUCGAAGCACAGAGCCAUGCAAGUACCCUGAGAAAGGCAGCCCUGUUCGGUGCGGGGAGCCACUGGAGAGGUUGCCCUUAAUAGGGGUUCAGGGAGUCAGUAAUGGCAGAGGAGAUGGUGGCAACGGGGGUGGAGGGGGAGCCGGUGGUGGCAGUGGUGGUUCGGGUGGGUGUGGUGUUGUGGUCGGAGGUGGGGGCAGCACAGCUCAGCAGCACCACUUGGAGGUGCACCCAGACUACCACUGCUCAGAGCACCGACACUCCUUCCCCGCCCUCUACUAUGAGGGUGCCACUGACUCCCCUGCCCAGAAAGUCUCCUUUCUAAAGCCUCUCACUCGCACCAAGAAGGACACUGCCUAUUCACAGCUUUCUCCCCGCCACCACAAUUACUCAGGGUAUUCCUCUAGCCCUGAGUACUCCUCUGAGAGCACGCUUAAAAUCUGGGAGCGCUUCCGACCAUACAAGAAAAGCCCCCGUGAGGAGGCCUACAUAGCCGCUGGCCAUGCUCUUCGAAAGAAAGUGCAGUUUGCAAAGGAUGAGGAUCUCCAUGACAUUCUGGACUACUGGAAGGGGGUGUCAGCACAGCAGAAACUGUGAUACUUGUGAGAGACAUGACAGCAGGAGGCGAGGUUGUGGAGAAAAGAACUGAUGACUCUUGAGACAGCUCGGCAGACUCCAUCAGCAGGUGCUUUGGUCCCCAUAGGCCACCACAGAGACAAGUGUUCUGAAAGAGACAGAAUUAAGCAGGUGUUCCAAGCUCAUUAAGGCAUAGAUAAGCAACCAACCAGAAAUGCACAGGAAAUGUGGCACUUAAAAAGGCAUCCAGUUUCAGUUUAGAAUCCCUCCAUUUUACCUUGUGUACCACCUCUCUUGCACUGUAGUUUGACACGAUAAUAGUCUUAAAUGAGGAAUUAGUGGUUUUAUUUUACAAAUGCCUGAAUAUAGUCUCGAGUGAUGGUGGUAACUGAUGCUUGUUAAUUAGUAAGAGGGAAAAAAAGAAAAGUUGUGAGUUUUGAGUGAGUUUACGCUUUGCUGAAGCCACAGGUCAAAACAUGGAUACCCUGUUCACACCCAUUCCCUAAUGUUUGCUCAAGCAAAGCAUAUUAAUUGAUUUAAGACACCUACACAAAUUUUACACCGCAUGUGUGGGACACAGUUAUCAAACCAGAGGCAGCCAUUUGGACAUGCUUUAUAUUCAAGCAGUGUGGCAAUUCGAUGAAACACACAAUGUUAAUUCCUUUUUGGCAUUCGUUUGUGGCACAGCCAGCCUCAAAUACAUUUUUCUGUUAAUUUGUGGAGACUUUAGACAGUUUUUGCUUAAUUCUAAGAAGGGAAAGAGUAAAAUGGGGUUUAAGAAUGGAAGCUUUAUGUCUCAGUUUGAUUUUAAAAGUGGCAGCUAGAUAUAGACCCCAAUGUAGUAAUAGGCUGAUAUACACAAGGUUACCAUUAUGUAUUAAAUAUUGAGGCAUGUUACACAAAGAGUUUGCUUUGUUUAGCCUGUUGGGAGGCAAUAUGCCAAAGCUUAACUCAAUGACACACUUUCAUAAAAUGGCAAACUUAAUUUGGAAGCUAUAAUUUCAUGAAAUGUUAAACAUAUUUCAUAAUAACUGUCUUGCUGGUGUUUGAGUAAAACUUUUCAAUGACCUAUUAAGCUUAUGACAGGCACAGAAACCUUGAACAAGCUUCACGAGUAAAAUACUUAUGUUUUCCGCCAUUGAUUCCACAGAAUCUGAUGCCAUAUUUGCAUUUCAAUGAUUACUUGGCCAGGUCUACUUUCAUUGAAUACUAUAGUAGCUCUGCUGUUAUUUCUCCCUAUUGAUCUGGCCUUCUGUUUCCUGUUAUAACCCACUUCUCUUGACCUAAUAUCGGUUGUGGUCAAACAAGGGAUGGUAUGAAACAAAUUCAAUUAUUUCUCACAUCUCAUUUUUUAAGACCAUGUUAUUGUCCUUGCAUGGCUUUAUAGGGAAAAUUAAUUAGUAAUUUGCAGCAGAGGAGUCAAGAGGUCACAGAGGUGCUAAUAUUAUUAACACUGCCAGAUUGGAGAAGUGAUUGAAAUUAAUCUCGCCCUUUCCGGUCAGGUCAUCACCCAGAAUGCAUCCCUGGAGUUUUUCUGGUUCGCCCGUGACAAUGAAAGGCAAGCUGAAGCUCUUCUUCUUUAGAGCAAUUUAUUGGCUUAAAAAUACAUCUCAAGCUCUACGAAAUAGGCCUCUGGGCUUUGGAAUUUCAGGCAAGGGCAUUUUUGACGGGAAACAUUAGCAUUUGUUGUUAACUAAUGAAUGUAGAUCUCAAUAAAUUAUGGUUGACAU